AUGGCUGUAAGAUGGCGUACACGCUACCGCCAUCCCUACCCACCCCUACCCACAUCCCUACCCAUCCCUACCCUGUCCCUUCUGUCAUCCCUACCCCGAAUCCCUACCGCUAUCCCUAUCACGUCCCUUCUGUCAUCUCUACCGACAUCCCUACCCGUCCACAACCCACAUCCCUACCGCCAUCCCUACCGCCAUCUCUACCCAUCCCUUCCCAAAUCCCUUCCGCCAUCCUUACCCAUCAAUACCGCCAUCCCUACCAUCCCUACCCAUCGCUACCGCAAUCCCUACCCACCCCUACCCAUCGCUACCCAUCGCUACCACCAUCCCUACCCAUCCAUACCGAAAUCCCUAUCCAUCCCUACCCAUCGCUACCCAUCUCUACCCAUCCUUCCCAAAUCCCUACCGCCAUCCCUACCCAUCCAUACCCACAUCCCUACCAUCCCUACCCAUCGCUACCGCAAUCCCUAUCCACCCCUACCCAUCGCUACCCAUCUCUACCCAUCCCUUCCCAAAUCCCUACCGCCAUCCCUACCAUCCCUACCGCCACCCCUACCGCCAUCCCUACCCAUCGCUACCGCCACCCCUACCGCCAUCCCUACCCAUCGCUACCGCCACCCCUACCGCCAUCCCUACCCAUCGCUACCGCCAUCCCUACCCUGUCCCUACCCAUCACUACCGCCAUCCCUACCCACCCCUACCCAUCCCUACCGGCAUCCCUACCGCCAUCCCUACCCAUCGCUACCGCCAUCCCUACCCUGUCCCUACCCAUCACUACCGCCAUCCCUACCCACCCCUACCCAUCCCUACCGGCAUCCCUACCCAUCGCUACCGCCAUCCCUACCCAUCCCUACCGCCAUCCCUACCCAUCGCUACCGCCAUCCCUACCGCCAUCCCUACCCAUCGCUACCGCCAUCCCUACCCACCCCUACCCAUCGCUACCGCCACCGCUACCGCCAUCCCUACCCAUCGCUACCGCCAUCCCUACCCACCCCUACCCACCCCUACCCAUCCCUACCCAUCGCUACCGCCACCCCUACCGCCAUCCCUACCCAUCGCUACCGCCACCCCUACCACCAUCCCUACCCAUCGCUACCGCCAUCCCUACCCACCCCUACCCACCCCUACCCAUCCCUACCCAUCGCUACCGCCACCGCUACCGCCAUCCCUACCCAUCGCUACCGCCACCCCUACCGCCAUCCCUACCCAUCGCUACCGCCACCCCUACCGCCAUCCCUACCCAUCGCUACCGCCAUCCCUACCCACCCCUACCCACAUCCCUACCCAUCCCUACCCUGUCCCUUCUGUCAUCCCUACCUCGAAUCCCUACCGCUAUCCCUAUCACGUCCCUUCUGUCAUCUCUACCGACAUCCCUACCCGUCCACAACCCACAUCCCUACCGCCAUCCCUACCGCCAUCCCUACCGCCAUCUCUACCCAUCCCUUCCCAAAUCCCUUCCCAAAUCCCUUCCCAAAUCCCUACCGCCAUCCCUACCCAUCAAUACCCACAUCCCUACCAUCCCUACCCAUCGCUACCGCAAUCCCUACCCACCCCUACCCAUCGCUACUACCAUCUCUACCCAUCCAUACCGCAAUCCCUAUCCACCCCUACCCAUCGCUACCCAUCUCUACCCAUCCCUUCCCAAAUCCCUACCGCCAUCCCUACCCAUCCCUACCCACAUCCCUACCAUCCCUACCCAUCGCUACCGCAAUCCCUAUCCACCCCUACCCAUCGCUACCCAUCUCUACCCAUCCCUUCCCAAAUCCCUACCCACCCCUACCCAUCGCUACCGCCACCCCUACCGCCAUCCCUACCCAUCGCUACCGCCAUCCCUACCGCCAUCCCUACCCAUCGCUACCGCCAUCCCUACCCAUCGCUACCGCCAUCCCUACCCACCCCUACCCAUCGCUACCGCCAUCCCUACCCACCCCUACCCAUCGCUACCGCCAUCCCUACCCAUCCCUACCGGCAUCCCUACCCAUCGCUACCGCCAUCCCUACCCACCCCUACUGCCAUCCCUACCGCCAUCCCUACCCACCCCUACCCAUCCCUACCGCCAUCCCUACCCAUCGCUACCGCCAUCCCUACCCUGUCCCUACCCAUCCCUACCCACCCCUACCCAUCCCUACCCAUCCCUACCGGCAUCCCUACCCAUCCCUACCCAUCCCUACCCACCCCUACCCAUCCCUACCGGCAUCCCUACCCAUCGCUACCGCCAUCCCUACCCACCCCUACCGCCAUCCCUACCGCCAUCCCUACCCAUCGCUACCGCCAUCCCUACCCACCCCUACCCAUCCCUACCGGCAUCCCUACCCAUCGCUACCGCCAUCCCUACCCAUCCCUACCGCCAUUCCUACCCAUCGCUACCGCCAUCCCUACCCUGUCCCUACCCAUCGCUACCGCCAUCCCUACCCACCCCUACCCGUACCUACCGCCAUCCCUACCGCCAUCCCUACCCAUCGCUACCGCCAUCCCUACCCUGUCCCUACCCAUCGCUACCGCCAUCCCUACCCAUCGCUACCGCCAUCCCUACCCAUCGCUACCGCCAUCCCUACCGCCAUCCCUACCCAUCGCUACCGCCAUCCCUACCCACCCCUACCCAUCGCUACCGCCAUCCCUACCCACCCCUACCCAUCCCUACCGCCAUCCCUACCCAUCGCUACCGCCAUCCCUACCGCCAUCCCUACCCAUCGCUACCGCCAUCCCUACCCACCCCUACCCAUCGCUACCGCCAUCCCUACCCACCCCUACCCAUCCCUACCGGCAUCCCUACCCAUCGCUACCGCCAUCCCUACCCACCCCUACCCAUCCCUACCGCCAUCCCUACCCAUCGCUACCGCCAUCCCUACCCUGUCCCUACCCAUCGCUACCGCCAUCCCUACCCACCCCUACCCGUACCUACCGCCAUCCCUACCGCCAUCCCUACCCAUCGCUACCGCCAUCCCUACCCUGUCCCUACCCAUCGCUACCGCCAUCCCUACCCAUCGCUACCGCCAUCCCUACCCAUCGCUACCGCCAUCCCUACCGCCAUCCCUACCCAUCGCUACCGCCAUCCCUACCUACCCCUACCCAUCGCUACCGCCAUCCCUACCCAUCGCUACCGCCAUCCCUACCCACCCCUACCCAUCCCUACCGCCAUCCCUACCCAUCGCUACCGCCAUCCCUACCGCCAUCCCUACCCAUCGCUACCGCCAUCCCUACCCACCCCUACCCAUCCCUACCGCCAUCCCUACCCAUCGCUACCGCCAUCCCUACCCACCCCUACCCAUCCCUACCGGCAUCCCUACCCAUCGCUACCGCCAUCCCUACCCACCCCUACCCAUCCCUACCGCCAUCCCUACCCAUCGCUACCGCCAUCCCUACCCACCCCUACCCAUCGCUACCGCCACCCCUACCGCCAUCCCUACCCAUCGCUACCGCCACCCCUACCGCCAUCCCUACCCAUCGCUACCGCCAUCCCUACCCACCCCUACCCAUCGCUACCGCCAUCCCUACCCACCCCUCCCAUCCCUACCCAUCGCUACCGCCAUCCCUACCCAUCGCUACCGCCAUCCCUACCGCCAUCCCUACUCAUCGCUACCGCCAUCCCUACCGCCAUCCCUACCCAUCGCUACCGCCAUCCCUACCCUGUCCCUACCCAUCGCUACCGCCAUCCCUACCCACCCCUACCCACCCCUACCCAUCGCUACCGCCAUCCCUACCCAUCGCUACCGCCAUCCCUACCCUGUCCCUACCCAUCGCUACCGCCAUCCCUACCCACCCCUACCCACCCCUACCCAUCGCUACCGCCAUCCCUACCGCCAUCCCUACCGCCAUCCCUACCCAUCGCUACCGCCAUCCCUACCGCCAUCCCUACCCAUCGCUACCGCCAUCCCUACCCACCCCUACCAAUCCCUACCGCCACCCCUACGCAUCGCUACCCAUCUUUACCGCCAUCCCUACCCAUCGCUACCGCCAUCCCUACCCACCCCUACCGCCAUCCCUACCCACCGCUACCACCAUCCCUACCCACCCGUACCAACAUCCCCACCAAAAUCCCUACCCUGUUCCUUCUGUCAUCCCUACCUCGAAUCCCUACCACCAUCCCUACCCCUUCCCUUCUGUCAUCCCUACCCCCAUCCCUACCCAUCGCUACCCCACCCUACCCCAAAUACCCACAACCCUAUCCCUGUCUCUACCGCCACCUUCCCCACCCUACAGCCAACCUUCCCAACUACUCUCAUCCCUACCCUACCUAAGCACAUCCCUACCCAUCACUACCGCCACUUCCCCAGCCUAACGGCAACCCUACCCAACUACUCUCAUCCCUACCCUACCUAA